UGUUGAUGUGAGAGUGCGCUUAACAUCUGCCUCUGCUUGACAUAAUUGGUUUUAGUUGAUCCACGUCUUAAGAUGAUUCUCAGUGAUUGGUGAACCUCAUUUCUCUCUCUCUCUCUUUUGAACAGGAGGCCUUCUGGUCUUGCUGAUAAAGAGGUGAUGGCCGCCACCGUCCUGACCAUACUGUCCACCAGCCCGUUGGUGCUCAACCCUUCCUCCAGUGCCUCAGGUGCAGAUUUGGCUGGUAAGGGCUGGAAGGAGAGCCUGUCUGCCAGCUACAGCAGUUCUACCAGUGGGAACUGGAGCUGGGACGCCAGCGACCAAUCGGUGCCCUCCACUCCGUCCCCGCCCCUCUCCAAUGAUCCCGGCAAGAGCUUCCUGCUUUCCUCCCAGAGUGAUGACAACAUUGAGGAAACCGAGAGUACACACUUCCUGUUCGAGGACCCCAUCCCCCGAAAAAGAAAGAACUCCAUGAAGGUGAUGUUUAAGUGUCUGUGGAAGAACUGUGAAAAAGUCCUCAGCACUUCCUCAGGGAUCCAGCGCCACAUCCGCACCGUGCACCUGGGGCGAAAUGGAGAUUCGGACUACAGCGAUGGCGAGGAGGACUUCUACUACUCUGAGAUCGAGGUGAACAUGGACACGCUUUCGGAGGGGCUGUCCAACCUCACGCCCACCUCUCCUACUACGUCCGGCCCGGCCCCCUUCUUCCCCGUCUUGACCUGUGAUGCGUCUCGAUCUGAGCCCGCCCGUAUGAUCCACACCCCCCUCAGCCAAUCAGCACCUUCGGCUCUGUGCCAUAUCCGCACUGACCACGCUUACCAGGCUACAACCCCUGUCAGCAUUCCCAGCAUGCCCUCUGAUCCGCCUCACAGUGAGGAUAGGAUCAGUGUAUCCUGGCAGUCGCCCCCUGUCAUUUAUAAAGCUCUACCGGGCCCGAUGACUCAGAUCCGCACUGUUAGCAUCGGUGAGAAGAGACAGCCUGUUAACCACACCACUGUCAGCAAAACACACGCCAACACCACCUCCAACGCCAAACCCACUACUGGAACCAGGAAACCGCGUGGCGAAGCCAAGAAGUGCCGAAAGGUGUAUGGCAUGGAGAAGAGGGACCUGUGGUGCACAGCGUGCCGCUGGAAGAAGGCCUGCCAGCGCUUCACUGACUGAGCGUUAUCCCUCACCCCACUAUAAAAUGUGCUCUUUUAUUGCGGCUGUCCCAUGGACUGAGCGCCGGUGUCUCCUGCACACUCUCAGAGCGAACUUCACGAGCUGAGAUGUGUCCGUCUGAAGCGUGUGGCCUUUUUAAUGUCACUGAUUCCUCCAGGCCACCAGGGGUGCUCUUAUCCUACCGCUUCCAUGGUGGAACACUGAGACUUUCAUUCAGAAAAAAAAAAUUGAUAAAAAGCAAAAAAAAGAUUUUAGAAAAAAGCUUUUGCUGCAUUGCAUAUUAAGGCAAAAAUAUUUGUUUUCUUCCAUAAUCCAGAAACAAUUCAAAGGCGAUUUUUUUUUUCUACAGCUAACAAUUUUCCAUGAUUUUUAGUGUGGCAGACUUUAUACAUAACAGUUUUUACUGUCUGUGGAAAAACUCCCUAAGAUACUUUCGAUGUUUAUUAUUGAGUAUUCCAAACCGUUAACCCUCUUAAACCGGGUUGCACUUACCGAGCAACUCAAAUUGGUUUCAUUUAUCAUUUAAGCUUUGUUCAAAAUCAGACUGUUUCUGGACAUACCGCUUCAUUUUGCCUACAAGCACUUUUUAACGGCAAUUUCUAUUUUGAUCAAGCAAGAGUUCAGUUUAGCGCUGCAUCACAAUCGGCGGGUUGAGCGUUUUAGCAAAUAGUCAAGAACUGUUUCAACACACAUUGCUAAAGUAAUACCUCUAAACGAGAAUGAGCCUUUCGGAGAGAGCCUUUAGUGUACUUCAGCGCGAGUAGUUGUAGUGCAGUGAAUGUAAACUGGCUUCUCUCGGCGCUAACACACCCAAACUAUCCUGUCCCUCACAGAUCAACUGCCUCUUCAUAAGCUAUGAGGUUUAUUCCUGUCAGUCCACAGUAUUAAUUCAAUGGCAGGCACUUUAACCGAUUUUACAGACAAUCUGCUGUCCAGGGAAGACAUCCCAGUCUAAUGUGAUCCAUAAAUCAAGUGUUUUCCACACAAACACGCCUUCAUGCAUAACACGGCCAAUUCAAGCCGCAUUAUGCUCCUUAAGGAAUUAUUUCCAUCUCAUUCAGCAUGUGGAUAUUAUUCACGUAAAGGAAACGUUUGCGCUGAUAACGUGUAGAUGUCGUCCACUCUGCUUUCUUUUCAUAUCGAGGUGAUCAUGUGAUGUCUUCAUGUAAACUCGAUAUAAGCCAAGCAGUUCUUACACUGCAAAAUAUGAAAUAUGAUUUGUCUUAUAUACAAAUAUCUAAAACAUUCUUCAAUCAGGAUGCAUAGGCGUGAGAGAGAAAAUGACUUGUUUUACGAAGAAAAAAAAGUAUCGGAAUUUAGUGAUUUCAUGCUUAAAACAAAAGUUCAUUUUUCUUAGAUUCUUUUUCUUGUUGUAAGCAUAAACUCACUUACUUUUGGAUAUGUUUUCAGAAAACUGGAUAUUAUAUCAGAGUAAAUGUAUCUUGAUUUAAGAAUGCUUGAAUAACAAAAACAUAUUACAAAAGAUAUUUUGAACUAAUAAAACACUGACAGUCAUUGGACAUUUGAAUGUGAUCUGAAUCUUAAAGGGACAGUUCACCCCAAAAUAAACAUUGUCGUCAUUUCCUCACCCUCAUGUCAUUUCAAGUCUGUUUGACUUGCAUUUAACAUGGAAAAAUAUAAUUUUUUUAUUUAUAAUUGUAUUUUUGUCUAUACAAUUGAAGUUAGAUGGGGUCACAAACAACAUUGGACCCCAUUGGCUUUCAUUGUGUGCACAAAAAUGCCAAAGAUAGUGAGACAUUUUUCAAAAAUGUUCCACAAAGAAAGAAAAAGAAGAAAAGUAAUAGUCAUGGAACAACAUGAGGAAUGAUGAGAACUAUCCCUUUAGGUUCCAAGAUGCAUUUUUAUGUUUUACGUUUAUCAUAAAAACUCAUAAAAGAAACUCUAAUUCCGACCCAAAUACAUUUUUGACAUUAUAUUUGACCUUCCAGGCAGUAUAGGAAUUAAAUCAUGUUUAAAUCAUGACCAAAACUGGCAAUCAAAAUGUAGCUCUCAAAAACAUUUAAUAAAUAAUAAAGUGUAGCAGUUUAACCAUUAAUGAUGGAAAUCAAAGAAACAAUCAAGCAGGUUCGUAAUUGCCAAAUGAACGAGUUUAUCAAUAUAUAUUGUCCAAUCACAGCUUAGAGCAGCUUUGUCUCCUCUUUCCCAGAGGUCAGAAAGGAAAGAGCAUCCCUCUCAUGAUCAUAACUUUCACUAAGUGCCAAUGAGAAGAACAAGAGGGAAAGAAUACAAUUGCACUAACUUGUACUGCACAAAACGUAUAUUUUUAUGUACCUUUUUUUACGCAGAAUUUGAAGUUUUUAAAAAGCAAAUGCUUAAUGGUUGUCUGUCGACCGACCGCCGUGAUUCUCUCUUCGGGUCAGGGAUGGGGUCAAUCCUCUGACCCUGCUACUAUAAGCUUACGAGGCGGUACUUUGCGGCGGCGUGUUGAUUUGGGCCUCGCAGUGCGUGACACCGGUCAUGUGACUGCAGGUGACUAUCAUCCAGGCUGGUUUCUAGGGAACGUCACUGUCUUGAUUUCAAAUAAAGAUGGUUUCCUAUGUUCAACAUUGUGUUUGCCUUCAUAGGAACAGAGUCGAGGGAAGAUUUGGAUUUUAGGCAUCAGGUGGUCAGACAGUGUCGCUUUAAAUACCUUCAUCAAUUUCAUGGCUUUGAUAUGAUAUUAAAUCCAUACGAGGAUGCCUAUACGUUUUUAAAAAUUCACUGUAGUGAAUAUAACGUGUAUAUAUAUUCAUUGUAUAUUUUGGGGAAACAGGGGAAAAAGAAGCAUCAACGAAUGUAAAAUCUACUAAAUGAAUCGCAUGCAAUCUGAGUUCGUUUUAUCGGCUGUCUCACACAAUUUUCUUUCAUAUCAAGUCGUUAGAACCACUCAGUGUUUUUCUUUAGUUUUCAUUUUCAGUUGGCGCUUGCAUUGAUGCCUUUUCAUUGUUUUGUGUACAUCACGGAGUAUGUACCAUUGUGAGGCAGGAGGGACGUUACUAUGUGGAUCAUUGCGUCAUUCUGCCCUGCACAUUCCGAUAGAUGAUUUUACGUUAGUUCGUAUGAGCCUUUGUCUAUCUGUUCCCCAUUAUUCUGACUUCACUGAUUGCCUGUUGCUUUUCAGCCAGGAUAUUAAGCUAAACACCCAAGAAAAUGUGUAAAAAACAAACAAAAAAAACUCCACAUUCUUUCUUUGUAACAUUUUGGAAUGUUUCCGCGUCUUUAAAAGCAUCAUAAUAAUCCCACUAUUCAAUACAGAUUCUUUUUUCAGAACAACUCUUCUGGCCUUGUUUAACUGUUGAGGUCUUGUAACUUUGUCGAGCAUUUCUUUUUCUUUUCAUUGGUUGAAAUUUGAUGCAUGUCAUGUAUCAUCUUUGUACUAUCUUGCUUUAUUGGAACCAUUAUAGUUUUUCAGAAGUUGACAGUGACGUGUUGAGUGAAUGAACGAGAGGAUGGAGGUGUUUUUGGUGUUGACUUUGGUUGGUUGGUGAUGAGAGUGUGAUUUCUGUGGCUGUAAUGUGGAGCUUGGAAUAAACAUGGAUUUCA